CUUCUCCACACUUUUUUAUUUCUCUUUGUCAUAACAGAAACAUGUCCUCUGACGCACCACCAAAACCCUUGCCAUUCCACUUUCAGUUCUUGGCUGGCGCCAUUGCUGGUAUUUCCGAAAUCUUGACCAUGUAUCCUUUGGACGUGGUCAAGACGCGUGCACAGUUGAGCACCACGGGUAACGUCGGCAUUGUUCAGAGUCUGAAGGAUAUCGUCAAGAAGGAAGGUCCUGCUACACUUUACCGUGGUAUUGCAGCCCCCAUUCUCGUCGAAGCACCCAAGCGUGCGACCAAGUUUGCCGCCAACGAACAAUACACGACGCUUUACAAAAAGAUGUUUGGCAUGGACAAGGUUACCCAGCCAUUGGCCAUUGCCACCGGUGUCAGCGCCGGUGUCACCGAAGCCGUCAUCAUCGUUCCUUUUGAACUGGUCAAGAUCCGCAUGCAGGACAAGGCCAAUUCUAGCAAAUACAACGGUACCAUGGAUGCGCUGCGAAAGAUCUUGAAGCAAGAAGGUCCUUUGGCUUUGUACAAUGGUUUGGAGGCCACCAUCUGGCGUCAUGCUGCUUGGAACGGUGGUUAUUUUGGUGUCAUUUUCGGUGUCAAGGAUAUCUUGCCCAAGCCAAAGACCAAGAACGAACAGUUGGCAAAUAACUUUGUCGCCGGCACCAUCGGUGGUACCUUUGGUACUAUGCUCAAUACCCCCAUGGAUGUCGUCAAGACUAGAAUCCAAGGCUACACCGGUGUUGGACCCAAGAAAUACAGCUGGACCGUGCCAUCGUUGGCUUUGGUCGCCAAGGAAGAAGGUGUUGCUGCUUUAUAUCGUGGUUUCACCGCAAAGGUGCUUCGUCUUGGUCCUGGUGGCGGUAUUCUGUUGGUUGUCUUUGACACUGUAUCUACUUUUAUGCGCAAGCACUUUAUGUAAACAACAACAACAACAACGAUUCGAAAAAAAGAAAAAACAAAAUUGCAAUAGAAUUUGUAAAGUAUCAUAAUCAUUAAGAAAAAAAAAAGUUA